AUGGAGAAUUACCAGAAAAUUGAGAAAAUUGGAGAGGGAACCUACGGUGUCGUCUAUAAGGCCCGUGAACUCACCCAUCCCAACCGUAUUGUUGCCCUGAAGAAGAUCCGACUUGAAGCAGAAGAUGAAGGAGUUCCGAGCACUGCCAUUCGCGAGAUCUCCCUUCUCAAGGAGAUGAGCGAUCCGAAUAUUGUACGACUUCUGAACAUUGUCCAUGCCGAUGGCCACAAACUCUAUCUUGUUUUUGAAUUUCUUGAUCUCGAUCUCAAGAAGUAUAUGGAGGCUCUUCCUGUUAGCGAGGGUGGACGUGGAAAGGCGUUGCCCGAAGGUUCUGCAUUGAGCAAGAACAUGGGACUCGGAGAUGCUAUGGUCAAGAAGUUCAUGGCCCAAUUGGUGGAAGGAAUUCGUUACUGCCACAGCCAUCGUAUUCUGCAUCGUGAUCUCAAGCCUCAGAAUCUGCUCAUUGACCGUGAUGGCAAUCUGAAAUUGGCCGACUUUGGCCUGGCAAGAGCAUUCGGUGUCCCUCUGAGAACCUACACACACGAGGUUGUGACACUCUGGUACCGAUCUCCCGAAAUCCUGCUCGGUGGUCGUCAAUACUCUACUGGCGUCGAUAUGUGGUCGUGUGGUGCUAUUUUCGCCGAAAUGUGCACACGCAAGCCGCUGUUCCCUGGCGAUUCCGAGAUUGACGAGAUUUUCAAGAUCUUCAGACUCCUUGGUACUCCUGAUGAAAACAUCUGGCCUGGCGUCACCUCGUUCCCUGACUACAAACCAACAUUCCCCAAGUGGAAGCGCCAAGAUCCCCAUACACUGGUCCCUGGCCUGGAGGAGGAUGGUCUUGACCUUUUGGAGGCUCUACUAGAGUACGAUCCCGCCCGUCGAAUCUCCGCCAAACAGGCCUGCAUGCACCCAUAUUUUGCGCACGGUACCGCUUACUACUCUGGCCGCGGUCGGAGAAAUGGAUAUCACUAA